AUGGGUAAAGGAGAUAAUAAAUGUGAUGGAACCACCGUAGAAGUUACUGGAUCUGGUACUACGGGGGAGUGUAAGACAGUUUAUAAACUCCCAUCAUGUAGCAUAAUUCUCAAACAAUUCCUUUCCAGCUUAGCUAAUGGGCAAGUUUACAAUCCAAGCAUUGUAUUCAAUCCUAAGAUUAAAAUUUAUUUGGAUGAGAAAUAUUUACAUGAAACUACGUUGUUCUUUGAUAUGCAGAAACAGGUAGAUUCUUCCCCUCAGGAUACGUACAAUAACAUCGUCUUCAACCACCAAUUUGACUUAAUCGUCCCUUCAUUCAGAUCAAUUUUGACUUUUGAAUUAUACGAUCGUCCUAUUAUACAAACUAUGCAAUAUAUUUCCACUAAUGAAGAUGUAAAGGUUGAUAUGGAUAUUUUCAUAUCUGCUGUGAAACUUAACAUCGGUUAUCUCAUUCCUGGAAAAUUUUAUAAUUUAAUACUACAGUUCACUGGCAAUUUAAAUCCUACAAUCUACGAUUGUGGAGAUAUUCUUACCAAUAUCCAACCCAACGAAGUAUCUUGCUCACAAUGUAAAGUUUGUAACUUAUUUAACUAUAUAACGACCCACAACACUACCAAGUACUAUCACCACUGUAUAUCAUCAGAUUAUUUGGUGGAACCUUCUCCCAUGCAAAUGAACGCAACAGCAAAUACACACAACUCGUGCAAUUGUGUUCAAUAUUCACAAAUAAAUAAAUCAAAUGCUUGCUUAACCUGUAUAAUUCCAUGUUGCAGUCACAGAUUCAGCAAUUACGUCUCGGUGGCAAUUAAGUUAAAUAGUGAUAUUUUAAAAAAAGAUAUGUUACUCAAAUUACCACAACUGGUGAAACCGGUAGUCGCUAAAUCUGAAUUGUCGCCGAUCGAUCAUUUUCUGCAUCUGUUACAGGAGAGUGAGUUAGUAUAUGCCAAGCUUAAUUAUGCGCUAAAUAAGAUAUUGAGGAUCAGUUCAUAUACCUUUUUACAGGUGUUUUUAUGUACCAUACUUAUAUUCCCGGGCAAUGUAAUGUCCGUUAUACUGUUAUACAUUGGUAUAUUAUUCAUUGUAUUAUCAAUUUCUGCUGACACAAUUAAAGACACAACUAGCGAUUUCACAGCGUAUUGCAUCAACUGUCUCGAUCAGGACAAUAAAAUAUCUAAAAUCAAGUAUAAGGAUAUAUAUAAACAUACAACGUGCAUGAAGUGUUUGCAUUUGAAGAAAUAUUCCGAAAUUAAUACUCUUAAGAAUUUCAUGAUCAUGGGUAACAUUUCAAUUGGAAAUUUUAUGGCGUCAAAAUUGAAUCCGUUGCUUGAAUUGUUACUAGAAGCAAUUGACGUGUUGAAGGUAUUUAUGAUACUUUCCCGAUUGUAUGGCAAGGUACUAGGAUCAUGCUGCUUGUUUUUAGCCUUUAUAAUGACUCAAAUGAGAACUCUAAGAUCAACACUGUAUUACAUUUCUAUUGUUAUUAUGGCACUGAUAUAUAGUGGAUUUAAUGUGAAUUUUGCCGAACCAUUUUUGGCUUGGAUAAGGGUCGCUUUCUGCUAUAUCGCAUUUGUUUGUAAACGAUGGGAAUUUAACAAGCGCAUUCACUGGCAUAGUUGA